UGCCCGGGCCGCCCGAGCCGCCCCGCGGCGCGCCCCGCAAGGCUCCCAGCCUGCUGGAGAUGGGGGCGCUCUGCCUGGACUCGGAGAUCAUCCUGGGCUUCACCAGCCACCUCCUGCGGCGGCGAGGCAAGGUGAGGGCGGGCGGCGGAGGCGGCGCCGGGAAGGACAGGGCAGGUCCGGAGCCGCCUCCCGCAGCUCAGGCUGGGACUCGCUGCCGCACUUUCCCCCAGUAGCGUUGUCCGCGUCUCCCCCUCUCUUAGACGAUGUGUCCCGACCAGACCCACCCGGAGGCUGUGGCCAGGGUGGAGAGCGCAGCGCCGGGACUCCGGGGCUCACCCUGCGCCUUGCUAGGAUGGGCGAGGUAGGGGGUUAGGGGCUCCUGACUGUUGCUGAGCCCGCGAGGUGACUCCAGCCCCAUCGUGCACCCCGUGUUCUGCAGAUAUGGGAUGUGAGCUUGUGCUUCCCGAAGCGCUGAAGUUGCGGGCGUGGCUGGCCAUGGGUGCAGGACCCGGGCUCCCGAUCGCUGCGAGCUCUGGGUCGCACGUGUGGGUGGGGGGACGGGAUAGAGAGGGCGUCUGUCCCGGAGCGGUGGAGCGGCGGGGCGCGGGGCUGUCUGCCGGCAGUGCGGGGUGGGAUGGGGGUGUUGUCCUGGGUACCCAGAUACGGAUGUGGGCUGACGCCCGUUUUCUUUCUCCAGGCUGCGAUGAGAUGGGUAGGGGAAGCGCUUCCGGGCCCCCAGGCAGGGUGGAAAGGGGCUGCAGGCUUUCGGACCGCGGAGAGUGGAGAGCCUCUGCCACUUUAUUCCACAGCCCCUUGCGUUUUCGAAGCCCUAAGGUCAUCAACGACCCGGAAAGCCGGCAGGGGGUCACAACCACCCCACUUUCUGCGGAGUGCGUGCGUGGGCGGGGAGGCUUAUCCUAGUAAAAGGGGGUGGACAAAGCGGAAAGGGUCACUUUGGCGUCUUGAGUCUCCGCGAAGGCCUCACGGUAGGCGCCGUAGUCGCGUGUCCCGGUCUCCGCCGGGAUCUCAACCUUCGGAGUUUCCGAGUGCGCCUCGGGGCCUGGGACGCGCGGCGCCGGGUCUCCGGUCUCGGCGCCGUGUGCUCGGCGGCCGGCAGGUGGCGCUCGCGUCACGGGGAGCCCGCCCGCCGCGCCCGCCCGGCUGGACCCAGGCUUUGGGGCUGACCCGGAGCCUGGCCCCGGAGCCGCCUGCGGCCGCAGAUGCCGGCAACAUUGGGGGCCCGCUAGGGCCGGAGCAACUGGUCGCCAGGGAAGGGGGGCGACCUCCCAGCCGGAGACAAACAGGCAAUUAAUUCCGGAGCUGAGUUCCCAUCUGCCAGGCCUGCUGACAACAGGUCCCGCGCACGCCCGCAGGGCCUCCCGCUUGCCGGGCUCACCCACUUGCGGGCACACGCGCGGCUGCAGACACGUGCCGUUCGCAGACUCGCCGAGGCGCACACGGCGGCGACACUCACCCACGCAUGACACUUAGACCCAAAGUGGCCCACGACACGCAGAGUACGCUGGGCUUGCUGGAAAGGCGCCUGGGAGUCUGGGGACCCGGGUCCCACCCCUUCCUCGUCCCACCUCGCAGUGGGACUUGGGCAAGCGCGUCCCCUCCGCAGCCUCGGUUUUCCCGCCGGUUGAGGGAGGGGCGUCGGCUCCUCCUGGGAGACGCGCAGCCCCGGGGUCCCGGGAGAGGGACGGGAGGCGCAUGCGCGCGCGCAACUAGAGCCUCCCGCCCCCAGCGCCCCUCCCCGGGGAAGGGACUCACCUAACAGGUUGGAGUCCUCGGAGUACGAGGGGCGGUGCGGGGAAGCGGAGACCCCACCCCCUACGCGCCACCCAGCACUGGGCAAGGGCGGGGCACUCCCUGGGCUCCCGCCUCCAGCCGCCCGCCCAGGGAGCCCCGGCCCCGCCCCGGCCCCGCCCUCGCCUCCCGAGCUCGCCCACCGCGGCCACCGAGCGCUCCGCGCCACUCGCAGGCUCCGUGAACUUCCGAGCGGCUGGGCGGGGCCAUGGGGGCGCCUCGGGGCCGGAUCACUUAGCCCCGGCGCCCCCGGAGAGCCAGCGCGGCCUGGAGCGCCCGCCGGGCUCUUCCCGCGGCCCGGCCAUGGUCGGCCGCGGCGUCCCUCUGUGCGCGGCGCAGCCCGCGGUGGCCGAGGACGGCCCGGCCCGUGCGCCGCCAGAGGUAUCACCCCGCAAGAGGCUGCCCCCCGGGCCCGACCAGGACCAAUUCGGCAGCCGCCCUGCGCCCGAGGGCGCCGGGGCCAGCGCAGAGCAGGACCACUCGGCCGGCGGAGGCGGCUGGUGCCGCCACUGCCACACGAAGCUCGUGGAGCUCAAGCGACAGGCGUGGAAGCUGGUCAGCGGGCCCGGGACCACCCUCCGGGAUCCUUGUCUCUCUGCCCUGCUUCUUGACAAGCUCCCAGCACCGGGGGCCCUGCCAGCCUGCCGCCCAGAGGCCGAGCCCCGCUGCGAUGUCUGUGCCACACACCUGCAGCAGCUCACACGGGAGGCCGUGCACCUACUGCAGGCCCCUGCCAGCCACGAGGACCUCGACGGCCCCCAUGGAGGCCCUGGCCUCUCAUCCCCCAGUGCCAUGACCAGCUCAAGGGACACUCCAGGACAAGCGGGCCCUGCAGGGAAGCAGCCAGGCCGAGCCGGGCCAGACAGGACCAAGGGGCUGGCCUGGCCCCCUGGGCCCAGUGUCCAGGUGUCCGUGGCACCUGCGGGCCUUGGAGGGGCGCUGAGCACCGUCACCAUCCAGGCGCAGCAGUGCCUGGAGGGCAUGUGGAGUGUCUCUCGGGUCAACAGCUUCCUCCCACCUGCAUGCCUGCUUCUUUUGGCAUGCCUGGGCUCUGCUUCCGGCAGGAAUUGGCAGUGGCCGUCCCGGCGGAUGGGGCGGUGUCCCGGCAGCGCGUGGGAUGGUGGAGCCGAGGCGCGUGCCGGACUCCUGACACAGGCUGAGGCAGCGGUGGCAGCUGUGGCGGUGGCAGACUCGGUCCGAGAAGGCACCCCCAUGGCGGGCCCUGAUGGCUUGUCGAAGGCCUGGGGCGGUGGUGGGGCCUGCACAUCGGCCCUGGUCACCCCGACUCCGGGCUUGGUGGGGGGCUCCACAGGCCCCUCCGCUGCAGCCUCCUUCUUCAUAAGGGCUGUGCAGAAGCUCAGCUUGGCCUCCAAGCGCAAGAAGCCCCACCCACCACCGCCUCCAGCCUCCCGCGGCGCCUCCACCUACCCCACCGACUUCAGCGGGGUCCUGCAGCUGUGGCCGCCCCCGGCACCCCCCUGCCUGCUCAGGGCCACCUCCAAGACCAAGGACAACCCUGGCAGCAUUGGGAAGGUGAAGGUCAUGCUGCGGAUCUGGCCGGCACAGGGGGCCCAGCGCUCGGCCGAGGCCAUGUCCUUCCUGAAGGUGGACCCCCGGAAGAAGCAGGUGAUCCUCUACGAUCCGGCCGCCGGUCCCCCGGGCAGCUCAGGGCCCCGGCGAGCUACCACGGCUGCAGUUCCCAAGAUGUUUGCCUUCGAUGCUGUGUUCCCCCAGGACUCCGAGCAGGCGGAAGUCUGCUCGGGGACCGUGGCCGAUGUGCUCCAGUCGGUGGUCAGUGGGGCUGAUGGCUGCAUUUUCUCCUUUGGCCACGUGAGCCUGGGCAAGUCAUACACCAUGAUUGGGAAGGACAGCUCACCCCAGAGCCUUGGCAUCAUGCCCUGCGCCAUCUCCUGGCUCUUCCGGCUCAUCGAGGAGCGCAAGGAGAGGACGGGCACCCGCUUCUCAGUCCGGGUCUCAGCUGUGGAGGUGUGCGGCCGCGACCAGAGCCUGCGGGACCUGCUGGCCGAGGUGGCCCCCAGCAGCCUCCAGGACGCCCAGUCUCCAGGAGUCUACCUGAGGGAGGACCCCGUGUGUGGGGCGCAGCUCCAGAACCAGAGUGAGCUGCGGGCACCCACGGCCGAGAAGGCGGCCUUCUACCUGGACGCGGCCCUGGCGGCCCGCAGCACCAGCCAGGCAGGGUGUGGCGAGGACACCCGUGGCAGCUCCCACAUGCUGUUCACGCUGCAUGUCUACCAGUACCGCGUGGAGAAGUGCGGCCGGGGAGGAAUGUCCGGAGGCCGCAGCCGCCUGCACCUCAUCGACCUGGGCAGCUGUGAGGCGGUGCCUGGCAGGGCUGGGGAGGCCCCCGGGGGUCCCCUGUGUCUGUCCCUGUCAGCCCUGGGCAGCGUCAUCCUGGCCCUGGUCAACGGAGCCAAGCACGUGCCCUACCGGGACCACAGGCUCACCAUGCUGCUGCAGGAGUCCCUGGCCACCGCUGGCUGCCGCACCACCAUGAUCGCCCAUGUGUCGGAUGCGCCGGCCCAGCACGCGGAGACACUUAGCACCGUGCAGCUCGCCGCCCGCAUCCACCGCCUCCGCCGGAAGAAGGCCAAGUACGCCUCCAGCUCCUCUGGCGGGGAGAGCUCCUGUGAGGAAGGCCGUGCCCGUCGGCCGCCACACCUGCGGCCCUUCCACCCGCGCACUGUGGCCCUGGACCCCGACCGCAUGCCUCCCUGCCUGCCCAGUGACCCUGAUUACUCCUCCAGCAGUGAGCAGUCCUGUGACACGGUCAUCUAUGUGGGGCCCGGUGGGGCGGCGCUGUCAGACCGGGAGCUCACUGACAACGAGGGUCCGCCUGACUUCGUGCCCAUCAUCCCCUCCCUGAGCCGCCACCGGCCCUCCAAAGGCCCCCGAGACGCAGACCACUUCCGCUGCAGCACCUUUGCAGAGCUGCAGGAGCGGCUGGAAUGCAUGGAUGGCAGCGGGGGCCCCUCGGGAGCCCCGGGCAGCACCAAUGGAGUUCAGGCCAGCCCUGCCCGAGGGGGCCGGAAAUCCUCGCCACCAGAGGCUGCAUCCCCCAGGAAGGCCGUGGGCACCCCAGUGGCUGCCAGCACCCCUCGAGGCAGCCCCGGCUUAGACACCCACCAGGGUACCCCUGAGCUGCCUUCCAAGGCCAGUGUCUGGGGUCACCAGAGAGAGGACAGCAGCACCCGGACUGAGCUGCUGGUUCCAGACAAGGCCACAGUGGGCGGAGGCAGGAGGCCACUGCCCAGCCCAGCCCCCCCACCCCCGCAGCUGCUGGAAGCCUGUAGAGCCCCAGAGGAGCCUGGGGGAGGAGGUGCUGAUGGGGUGGCACGGACCCCUCCUGUGGGCAUGAGUGGGCAGGAGGCCAGGUCCCCGAUGCCUCCUGGGUCCCCCUGCCCCCGCCUGGCUGCCAGUAGUCACCAUCCAGAGCAGGGCCUGCUUACCACAACGGUGACCCUGCAGCGGCCCGUGGAGCUGAACGGCGAGGAUGAGCUGGUGUUCACGGUGGUGGAAGAGCUGUCCCUGGGGGGCCUCUCUGGAGCGGGGCGACCCUCUAGCCUGGCUAGCUUCGGCAGUGACUGCUCCCUACAGGCCCUGGCCUCGGGGUCCCGGCCAGUCAGCAUCAUCAGCAGCAUCAACGAUGAGUUCGACGCCUACACCUCGCAGGCCCCUGACGGGGGACCCCUGGAGGGGACGGCCUGUGCCGGCAGCAGUCACGGCUCCUCCAUCAGCUCCUGGCUCAGUGAGGUCAGCGUCUGCACUGCUGACAGCCGUGGCCCCACACCACAGCCCCCCUUCAGCCCUGACUUGCUGGCAGGGCCGGACCCUGGGGGCCCCCCUGCCCUGGGUGGUUCCUUGGGGGACAGCAGCUCCGGGUUCUUGGAGCUGGACAGGCCUGACAGUCCCAGACCAGCCUGGGGUCCACGUCCUGAGGAAGUGGAAGCGGUGGCCCCAUCCCAACCCGGCAGGGAGCCCCAGGCCGGACCCUCCUGGGGGGCGUCCACAGCACAGACCAUCCACUCCAGCCUUCCUCGGAAACCAAGGUCUGCCUUUGCUGCCAGCCGCGUCGGUUGCACUCGCCUGGGCCAGAGCCCACCUGGCCGUGGGGGCCUCUUCGAGGACCCGUGGCUGCUCCGGGUGGGAGAGUGCGAUGCCCAGGCAGCUUCUGUCAGCAGGGACCCCAGCCCCACCCCAGGCUCCUCCCGGCUGUCUGAGGCCCAGGCCAUGCUAGCCUGUGCCCAGAGGGUGGUGGACGGGUGUGAGGUGGCAGCCAGGGCCGCCUGCAGGCCAGAGGCUGUGGCUCGGAUCCCACCACUGCAGAGGGGUGCCACCACGCUGGGUGUGACACCAGCUGUGUCCUGUGGGGACGCUCUGGCAGAGGUGGGGGCCUGCUCCGGCAGCCCAAAGGCCUCCCCCACCAGCAAGAAGAGUGUGGCUCCCAAGGCGGGCUUCCUCCCGAGGCCCAGCGGCGCGGCCCCCCCAGCCCCUCCCACUCGAAAGUCCAGCCUGGAACCCAGGAGCAGCCCAGCCUCGGUCCCUCACCACACCGUGAACCUGGUGCGAGCCGGAGCUGCUGCCAUCCUUCGCGGGGAGGAGGAGUCCAGGCCCAGUGGCCGGGCUGACCAUGCUGUCUUCAGGGCCACGUCCAGCCUGAAGGCUCGGGCCAGCAAGGUAGACACAGCGCACCGUCCCGCCGGCCACGCGUCUCUGGAGCGGUACGAAGGCCUGGCACACAGCAGCAGCAGCAAGGGCAGGGAGGUCCCUGGGCGGCCUCCCCGUGCCGUACCCAAGCUUGGUGUGCCACCCUCCAGCCCCACGCACGGUCCAGCUCCUACCUGUAGGAGCAGUGUGGCCAAGGCUGCAGGGGCCCCCAAACCCCCUGCUGGUGGGGGCAAGGGCCGUAGCCUGGUGGCUGGUGGGUCUCGGGCUCUGGGGCCUUCAGUGAAGCCGUCAGUGGCCUCUGUGGCAGGCAGGAGCCCCGGCACCCCCAUGGCCGGUCCCAGAGCAGCCUCACGUGCCGGGCCCAGCAUCGGGGCCAAGGCCGGCCGGGGCACCAUCAUGGGCACCAAGCAGGCGCUCCGGGCCGCUCACAGCCGUGUCCAUGAGCUGUCAGCCAGCGGGGCCCCGGGCCGAGGCGGCCCCUCGUGGGGCUCGACAGACUCAGACAGCGGCCACGACAGCGGCGUGAACGUGGGGGAGGAGCGGCCUCCUGCAGGCCCGGCCCUACCCUCCCCCUACAGCAAGGUGACCGCCCCUCGGCGGCCCCAGCGCUACAGCAGUGGCCAUGGCAGCGACAAUAGCAGCGUGCUGAGUGGGGAGCUGCCCCCCGCCAUGGGCCGCACCGCCCUUUUCCACCACAGCGGCGGCAGCAGCGGCUACGAGAGCCUGCGGCGUGACAGUGAGGCCACCGGCAGCGCAUCCUCUGCCCCAGACUCCAUGAGUGACAGUGGGGCUGCCUCCCCGGGCGCCCGCACCCGCAGCCUCAAGUCCCCCAAGAAGAGGGCCACAGGUCUGCAGCGGCGGCGCCUCAUUCCCGCCCCACUGCCUGACGCCGCUGCCCUGGGCCGCAAGCCCACCCUCCCCGGGCAGUGGGUGGACCUGCCUCCGCUGCUGGCUGGCUCCCUGAAGGAGCCAUUCGAGAUCAAGGUAUACGAGAUUGAUGACGUGGAGCGCCUGCAGCGGCCCCGCCCCACCCCGAGGGAGGCCCCCACCCAGCCUUCCCAGGAUGGCAAGGGUCUGGCAUGCGUCAGCACAAGGCUGCGGCUGGCAGAGCGCAGGCAGCAACGGUUGCGGGAGGUGCAGGCCAAGCACAAACACCUGUGUGAGGAGCUGGCUGAGACCCAGGGCCGGCUGAUGUUGGAGCCUGGCCGCUGGCUGGCGCAGUUCGAGGUGGACCCAGAGCUGGAGCCUGAGUCGGCUGAGUACCUGGCGGCCCUGGAGCGCGCCACGGCUGCCCUGGAGCAGUGCGUGAACCUGUGCAAGGCGCAUGUCAUGAUGGUCACCUGCUUCGACAUCAGUGUUGCGGCUGCGGCUGCCGUCCCGGGGCCGCAGGAGGUGGACGUCUGAGGCUAGGCACCGGUCAGGAGGCCGGGACAUGCAGGGGCCGGAGGACAGGACGUGGGACAGAGCGAGGAUGUGGUGGGGGCUGUGGGAGGAGGGUGCAGAGCGGUUUCUGUGCAGGACGGGUCCUGGAGCGGAGACGGGGUGUGGCGGAGUGAGGGCGGCCACGUGGCGGAAAGAGUGAGGGUGCCAGAGGGACCAGAAGGCCAUCACCACCCAACAGCAACGCAAGUGCCUUUGACCUUGAUUUGGACGUUUCUCCCUUUUGCAUUUGGUGCUACAGACUCAUGACACCAGCAGUUGUGCGCAGCCCGGCCCCGCUGCGUCUUUCUGGGCCGGGGCUGGCAGGGUUGUGUUUGCGUCCGUCUUGCCUUCUUUGCAGCCAAGCGGUUUCGUGGAGCGGGACUUACCUGCGUGCCCCGGAGCCUUUCAGGGUUCAGGAUGACUCUUCUUUUACAAAGGUUUCCUCGGCAGAGCCCGGGCUGUGGGGAUCUGUGUGGGGUUCCCAGCACGGAUCCAUCCCGGGGUCUCCUGGGCAGGGACAGCUGACCCUUAGGUCUUCUCCCUUCCCGGGAACCUACUCUGUCCCGAGAGCAGCUAACAAGGGCUGAGCCACAGGCACAAGUGGCCUCUUCCACGGCAGGAAUUUUUACCAAAACCACAAGCAAAAAAACAAAACAGACCGCCACGAUCAACGACAGACAUGGGGGAUAAGGGUUUUGUAAAGGUUCUGUUACGUUCAUAUUUUUGUAUCAUUUUGCCCAUAAAUGCGGAAUUUGCCGUGGGAAUUUGAAGACAAAUGAUCUAUGUUUUUAUGGUUUUCUAUGGAAGGUGUCCUGGGGACCGGGCUCUCUCCAGCUGCAGGAGGCCGGCUGCCUCAGGGGCACCCUGGGCAGGGUGGGGGGUCUUGGGAGGUGCUUCUUGCCAAAUGCAGAUGAGGGGUGAGUGUUGGCGACGUUCCCCACAUGACAGGCUCAUGUUUUCUGAGGGUCGGUCCUGCCUCAUACAGGACGUCUGAACCUUUGUACAAAUGUGUAGAUGACAUCUUGCUACAGCUUCUAUUUGUGAAUUAAAGAUGCAUCGAUGGUU